UGGAGGGUUAGUUCAAGACCUUUUGUACACAGGAGGACAGAGUGGGACUUUACACUCAGGGACACCAAUUAUAUGAAAUAUAUAUAACACAAAUCUGAUUACUGGAAUAAUGAAGUCUCCGAAACUCAAACCUCAAGCGAGGUUCGUCAACGAGGAGGACCUGAACGACGUGCUGUGCGAGUUCGACGCGGUGAUGGAGGACUUCACGUCGCCGGUGGAGAAGCGACACUUCCGGUACGACGAGCACCUGAAGACCAUGAAGAGGAGGAGCAGCGCGAGUGUCAGCGACAGCGGCAUCAGCGACUCCGAGAGUGCAGAGUCGCUCAACAGAAACAGCUUCAGCUUCAGCGAUGAGAGGCUGAACUCCCCCACCACCAACUCACCCCCUCUUAUGUCACCAAAACCCAAGCUCGGCGACACUAAAGAGCUGGAAGACUUCAUCGCCGACCUUGACAGGACAUUAGAGAGCAUGUGAAAGAGAGGCCUGCAGUCGUCUUGGAGUGUAGCCAGGUGGGAGGGAGGGAGUGGAUGUCUGGACUCCCCCUUGAGCAGCUAACAUGAGUCCGGCUCCAACUCAGAAAACCAACCAACAGGAUACGGCUGGAUGGCACGGCAACUUCCCAGUGGCUCCACCACGGCAUCAGGUCUAGCCAGCAUCCUCCUAUAGUUAACCCAGCUACUGACUCCAGGCCACCUGGCUUCUGGACCGCGAGCCGGGUCCAAAUUGCAUUUGUAGGGGAACCUGAGGACAAGAAUACUUCAGCAGCAAACAUGUAAUGAACUCCAUGAUGAAGAACGUGGAAUAUGUGCUGCAAAGAGUCACUGGAACAUUUAUUGUCAGAUUUUAAAAAACCACCCCGCCCCACAGUCCAGGUUACACUCCCUCAAACAAAACUUGAGCUGGAAGAGUAUUUAAAAAUGGCUUUUUAUAAUAGAAAUAUAUUAGUAAUUUUAUAGAGCUUUUUAUUGUAAAUGGAUCAGUCUUUUUUUUUGGGGGGGGGAAAUAUAUUUUUAUAUCUUAUGUAAAUAAUAAUUGCUUUGAAUUCUAUUGGCCUCGGUAUUAACAGUAUAGUCAGAUUAGGAUUUGAUACUCGUUGACUGGAAUAAAGUUGGUUACAUGCUCACAUGUGAACUGAAAACUUAAUCCCUGAUGUAAAAAAAAUAAACUGGAUAGCUAUA